CCUGUGUACGUAGUUGGAAAGCACCCUGAGCAUGCUGCUAGCGUCCGCAAACUGGCAUCUCUGCAUGGAGAUAAAGGAGGGAGCAUUAAGGGAUAUUAUAGGCGCGGGGAGUGAAGCCAUGGUGCGGGAGGGGUUUGACCUCUAAACAACCUUCAGUCAUAUUUAUGGGCCACUAGUGCUGCUAUCUAUUUGAUGAGAGUGGUAUUAUUUCAACACAUUGAGAGUAGUAUUAUUUGACGUGGAUGCGUAUUGAUCUGUUAGUGACAGGAAGAAAAUGUGAAAAAUUUUAAUAAAGAGAGGAUUAAGAAGAAAGAGAGAUAAAAAAAAAUUAAUUAUAAAAAUGGUGCAUUGCAUAGCAAAAAACUGUCACAAUAGAUCAUCGCGAAAAUCCAAACAACAAGAGGAGUUAGAAAAAACUCAAAAAAUAUCAUUUCAUGUAUUGCCAAAAAAUGCUAUGAAAAGAAGAAUGUGGUGUGAAGCCAUGAACAUAUCAGAAGCUUCUAUCAGUCAAUCUGCAACAAUAUGCUCCAUGCAUUUUCAACCUAAAGAUUUUUAUAAUUGCCCACAAAUACAGAUAAGAUUAAGAGAAGAUGCAAUUCCUUGUUUAUAUCCAACUCACACAUCAACAAUAAAUAAAGAAACGCAAGAAAAGAAGCAAGAAAUUUCUUAUUCAUUAGAAAUAUGUAAAACACAAAACCAAACAGAAUUAGAAGAAUGGAAUGAUUAUGAUGAACCGCCUAAAAAAAAGAAAUGUAAUCAUUCAGUGACAGUACUUCCAAAAAAACCUUCAGUACCUCAGCAACUGAACACAGUAAAGGAAGUUUCACAAUUGCAACUACUUUUAUGUAAUGAUACAGUUACCGCAGGAACUAGCAGAGAUAAUGUGUCAUUACAAUCAUUCUCCAAAGUUUCAAAAUAUACUGCAAUAUCUCCAAAUAGAAUUUAUAAUUCUCCAGAAAAAAUGAGAUUGAGACAAGAAUUAUCAAGAACAAAACAGUACUACUUAUCACGGAUAAAAGUUUUGCAGCAAAGAACAAGACGUAUGAGUAAAAGAAUGGCUAUUAUGAAAUCUGUAUUUGAAAGUUUAAAGGAAAAAAAUUUAUUGCAGGACGAACAAUUAUAUAAUUUAAAAGACAUAUUUUCAACAUCCCAUUUCGAAACAUAAAAGAGUAUAUAUAUUUCUUGACCUGUGUCAUAUGCUUAAAUUGAUACGGAACACUCUGAGGGAUUAUAAAUGUUUGUAAACAACAAUGGAUAUGAUAUAAAAUGGGAAUAUAUUGUCGCUCUACAUGAACUUCAAGAAAACGAAGGUGUACAUAUAGGUAAUAAAUUGCGAAAAGGGCAUAUAAAAUACUACAAGAAAAAGAUGAAUGUUUGAUUAGCUGCUCAAAUAUUUAGUUUAUCUGUUGCAAAUGCACUUAAAAUAUGUAGAAAUAUAUUGAAAUUAGAAAAUUUUGCUCAUUCAGAAGCAACAGAAGAAUUUCUAGAGAUGGUCAAUAACUUAUUUGAUAUCUUCAAUUCUCAGAAUUUAAGACAAAAAUGCUAUAAAUGUCCAAUAAAUCCGGAUAAUUAUGAAUAUGUUAUAUAUAAGUUAGAAGAAUGCAAACAAUAUUUGUUAAGUUUAAGAUUAAAAAAUGGGCAAUUAUUAAUUCAAUCUCAGCGAAAAAUAGGUUUUCUUGGCUUUUUGAUUAAUAUUGAAAGCUUAACAAUGUUAUAUCACGAUAUAUGUUAAAAGGAACAAAUUGCGCCAUAUAUACCACUUUAUCAAAUUAGUCAAGAUCAUGUUGAGUUAUUUUUCGGAUGCAUUCGAGCUUUUGGACGCCAAAACAAUAAUCCUACUGUUAGACAGUUUCAAGCUGCAUUUAAAAAAUUAUUGUUCAGAAAUUAAGAGUGCAACAACAGGUGAUUGCAUUGCUCUUGAUGAUAUUCUAAUAUUAAGCGCAAUUUCUGUAUUUAAACCAGAGGAAUUAAUAAAUAAAACUUGUAUGAUUGAUAAUUAUGAAUUUGACACUGAAAAGUAUAUUAAUCAAAUUUCAGUUGAACACGAUUAUCCUUAUAUUGCAGCAUUAAUUUAUAAUAUUAUUAAUUUAGAUCACUAUUCUAUAGAAGUUAUAAGUUACAAUAGCUGGAUUUAUUGUAAGACAUUUAAUUAAAUACAUCAUGUGUGAUAUUUGUGUUAAUGCUAUAAUUGAUAAUAGUAAAUUAAAGAAAAUUAUACAAAUAAAAGAUCGUGGAAGUUUAACAUAUCCUUCAGAAAGCGUGAUAAAAAUAUGCCUUGAAACAGAAAAGAU